GCAAGCGAUAAACCGUGGGCUGCUGCUGCUGCUUGUUGGAGUGGAAAUUGUUUGACAGCAGAGGGAGAGGAGACCCGCGCCCAGGGACUGACACGACAAGUUGAGUUGUUUUAGCACCGCUUGGUCGGGCACCUUUCGAGCCAGGAGCGAGGACAACCCGGGGGCGACAAAUGAAUUGUCGGAGUCUAAGCAGCAACAGGGCACGGAGCGAAAUGUCAGCGACUGUUUCAGCCUCGAGCCUCUGAGGGAGCGCGACUAGUACACCGCAACGCGGAAAACAUUAAACGGGGGGAGAGAAUGCGAAUGGUGCGAAGAUACCGAAACCAAACAAAAUGGAAACCAUGUAGCAUCGCUCCAGCCUUUCAUAUAGCUAGAACUAACGUUAGAGUAGAGAAUAGAUAGCCAAGGAGCUAGGCGCAGCAACUAUAUACAUGUAAAGUUAUUCCCCGGUGGAGCUAAAGCGGAGCCCAGGCAGGAGGUGUCUGUUGAAUCAGAGGAGUUCAUCAGAGCGAACAAGAGGACAAACAGGAGGAUGCUUCGGAGGAGACUGACCCGUUUGCUUGGUCGUGAUGAGGGAAGAGUUCACAGCAGGACAAUCUAUGUUGGCCAUAAGUCCUCUCUCCCAAAUGAAGCUUUUAUUCCUCCAAAGUUUUGUGAUAACAGGAUUGUGUCCUCUAAGUAUACAAUCUGGAACUUUCUACCAAAGAACCUGUUUGAACAGUUUCGAAGAAUUGCCAAUUUUUACUUCCUCAUUAUCUUCCUGGUGCAGGUGAUAGUGGACACCCCUACAAGCCCAGUCACCAGUGGCCUACCUUUAUUUUUUGUCAUCACAGUAACUGCUAUCAAACAGGGAUAUGAGGAUUGGCUGCGGCACAAGGCCGACCGUGAGGUGAAUGAGUACCCGGUGACAGUACUGGAGAAUGGCGAGAUGAAAAGAAAACAGAGUGAGAAGAUCAAGGUUGGAGACAUUUUGGAAGUAGAAGAGGAUGAGACCUUUCCCUGUGAUUUAAUUCUACUACAGUCCAGUCGAGAAGAUGGCACAUGUUUUGUUACAACAGCAAGUCUGGAUGGCGAGUCCAACCACAAAACACACUACACAGUGCCAGAUUUAGAGAGUGAUCUGCAAUAUCUUAAUGCCACCAUCGAGUGUGAACAGCCUCAACCUGACCUUUACAAGUUUGUCGGCCGAAUGCACAUCUACAAAAACAGUCAGGAGCCUGACAUAAGAUCUUUAGGGCCAGAAAACCUCCUGCUGAAAGGGGCAAAUUUGAAGAACACUCGAAAGAUAUGUGGUGUUGCGGUUUACACUGGAAUGGAGACAAAAAUGGCUCUUAACUACCAAGGCAAAUCUCAGAAACGGUCUGCUGUGGAGAAGUCUAUCAAUGCUUUCCUUUUGGUUUAUCUUUCUAUCCUGGUGAGCAAGGCACUUGUGUGCACCACACUUAAAUAUGUGUGGCAGAGCAAGCAUGAUGAGCCAUGGUACAAUGAGAAAACACAGAAGGAGAGGGAAACUAAUCAGUACCUAAAAAUGUUCACAGACUUCCUUUCCUUCAUGGUGCUCUUCAACUUCAUCAUUCCGGUGUCCAUGUACGUCACUGUUGAGAUGCAAAAGUUCUUGGGGUCCUUCUUCAUUGCAUGGGACAAAGAUUUCUUUGACCCUGAAAUCAAAGAGGGGGCACUGGUCAACACGUCGGACCUCAAUGAGGAGUUGGGACAGGUGGAGUAUGUCUUCACAGACAAGACUGGCACGCUGACUCAGAACAACAUGGAAUUCAUAGAGUGUUGCAUCGAUGGCUUCCAGUACAAGCAUCGAGAUGGGAGAUCAGAAUUGGAUGGGUUUUGCGUCACAGAUGGACCUGUAAACAAAAUACAGGAAAAAGCUGGCAGAGAGAGGGAAGAGCUAUUUCUUCGUGCCCUCUGUCUGUGCCACACUGUCCAGGUGAAAGAGUCUUCAAACUACCUAGAUCAGAUUGACCAGGUAGAUGGUUUAGGGGGUGGUGAAGAGAUCCUACAUACACCGCAGACAGAGAGGGGCUUCAUAGCUUCUUCACCCGAUGAGAUUGCUCUUGUAAAAGGAGCCAUGAGGUAUGGCUUCACAUUUCUGGGCCUUGAAAGUAAAAAUAUGAAAAUUCUCAACAGGAAUAAAGAUGUUGAAACGUAUGAACUACUUCACGUGUUAAACUUUGACCCUGUGAGAAGGCGAAUGAGUGUAAUGGUCAGAUCUAGUACAGGUGACAUAUUGCUUUUCUGUAAGGGAGCAGAUUCUUCCAUCUUCCCUCGAGUCAGACAGGAGGAGGUAGAGAGGAUACGUAUGCAUGUGGAACGAAACGCAACAGAUGGUUAUCGCACACUGUGUGUGGCCUACAAACUUCUCAGCCCAGAGGAGUAUGCAAAGGCAGAUGAAGAGCUGAAAGAAGCAAGAUUGGCUCUGCAGGACAGGGAGGAGAAGCUUUUAGCUGUUUACAAUCAAGUCGAGGCUGAAAUGACUCUAAUAGGAGCAACUGCUGUGGAAGACCAGCUGCAGGAGGAGGCAGCACAGACUAUGGAAGCUCUGCAGGGAGCAGGCAUGAAGGUUUGGGUGCUAACGGGUGACAAGAUGGAGACGGCCAAAUCCACUUGCUAUGCUUGUGGAUUGUUUAAGAAAAACACAGAACUGCUUGAGCUAACCUUGCGCACUCUAGAGGAGGGAGGAGGGAGGCGAGAGGAUAGACUUCUUGAACUUCUACUGGAGUACCAUAAGAAAGCUUUUCAAGAUGCCCCACCAGUAAGAUUAGGAAUAACCAGGAGUUGGUCUGUAGCCAGCAACGAUUAUGGUUUUAUCAUUGACGGAGCUUCUUUAUCGAUGGUGCUCAGCUCUGAAUCCAACUCCAGCCGCUACAAGAACCUCUUCCUGCAGAUUUGUCUGAACUGUACUUCUGUGCUAUGCUGCCGCAUGGCCCCUCUGCAGAAAGCUCAGAUUGUAAAACUGGUGAAGAACUCUAAAGGCAGCCCAAUUACUCUCUCCAUUGGUGAUGGAGCAAAUGAUGUCAGCAUGAUUUUGGAAGCUCAUGUUGGCAUUGGUAUUAAAGGUAAAGAAGGUCGACAGGCAGUAAAGAACAGUGAUUAUGCUAUCCCCAAACUCAAGCACCUCAAGAAACUUCUGUUGGCUCAUGGACAUCUUUACUAUGUUCGCAUUGCGCAUCUGGUGCAAUACUUCUUCUACAAGAAUCUUUGCUUCAUCUUACCUCAGUUUUUGUUCCAGUUCUUCUGUGGCUUCUCCCAGCAACCCCUGUAUGAUGCAGCCUAUCUGACGAUGUACAACAUCUGCUUCACCUCUAUGCCCAUCCUGGCUUACAGCCUUUUGGAGCAACACAUUGGCAUUGAGGAUCUCUUGGAAAACUCUACCCUCUACAGGCAGAUUGCGAAGAACGCCAUGUUGCAGUGGAAACUAUUCCUUUACUGGACUGUGCUUGGACUCUUCCACGGCUUUGUCUUCUUCUUUGGUGUUCGCUUUUUGUUCAGUAACCCAGCUCUGCAGGACAAUGGCCAGGUUUUUGGGAACUGGUCAUAUGGAACUAUUGUUUUCACCGUGCUAGUCUUCACUGUAACUCUAAAGCUGGCACUGGACACCCGGUAUUGGACAUGGAUAAACCACUUUGUAAUUUGGGGUUCCCUGGCAUUUUAUGUGUUUUUCAGUUUCUUCUGGGGAGGAAUAAUAUGGCCUUUCCUGAAGCACCAGCGUUUGUACUUUGUGUUCGCCAACAUGCUAAGCUCUGUGUCAGCAUGGUUGGUCAUCAUCUUGCUCAUAAUCCUCAGUCUACUGCCAGAGAUCCUGUUUGUGGUGCUCUUCAAGCCCCGUGGACCCCUUGCACGACAGAAAAAGCGGGUUGAUUCGAGUGUGGGGGGCCCCCUGUCUCCCCAGUCUUCAGCCAGGCCCCUGCUCAUGCGAACCUUUUCAGAUGAAUCCAAUACUGUCCUUUAAACAGCUGGCAGAGGGUGAGCUCCUACAACCUUCCAGGUGAAUGCUGUCACACCACUUUCCUACAAGCACCUGAAGGAGCGCGAAUGAAAGGCAGCCUGGUCACGCCUCCAAAAUGCUCCUCAUUGGGAUUUUCUCUCAUGCCUAAAGCAACUUCAAAGACAAGACAAGACCAUUUUUUAAGAGGAUUGAAAAGAUCUCAGAAAUGUAAUGACUUUGGGGCGCGGUUAAACAGUUUUGAUUUCUUUUUCUUUCUUUUUUUUGCCCAGUCACCUGCACAACGCAUGCCUGCAGAGCAGUGCUCCAGUAUAUUUUAUAAAAAAAAAAAAAAAAAAAUUAAGACUAUGGGCAUGAACCUUCUUCCUUUUCCUUUUUUGAUAUCCGCUUACAUAUAAAAGCUGCCUUGCCAGUAGCUAACUACUUUGUUUCAUCAAGCAGCUGUAAUAUCCACUCCAAGAAUGGUACAUCUGCAUGAAGGCUACAGAAAAUACACUUCUCUGGUAUUUAGUCACUCUUUUACAAAUCUUUUUAUUUAAACCUUAUUGCUGCACUUGUAUUUCUGCAAUAUAUUUUCUCUUUUUCUUUGUUUUUUCAUGUAAAUCUUAAGAUAUUUUCACAUCUACAGAUCCAAAUCAUUCCAGAUGAAACAUUACUAAAUGUGAUAUCAGUGCAGCUGAAAGCAGCACACAGACUGUUAAAAUCGUUUUUUUGAUUAUUUCUUUGUUUUUGCUAUAAAUCUGAUAUCUAUUUUGAAUGCUAAGUUAACAGAGGGAUCAAAUGUUACCACUCAGUCCAAAAAGUGUUUUUGUGGGAACAUGUUAGUGUAAAGAAUUAAAGUGUGCCCCAGUAACGAAGCAUUACUUGGACCAUGAGCUUAAAUCUUCCAGCGUCAGAUUAUUUAAGAUUUCAUUAUGAGAUAAGAAAUGUAAUAAAUGUGCGGUGGUGUGCAUAGCUUAGAGAUGUAUGUGAACAUCGGCUAAAAAGCCAAAAUGAUCAGGUUGCGUCCACAAAGUGUGGCCUUAUGGUGUCAGGCCUGCCUGCAUACGUGUGUGGCUUUGUUUUAUAGAAUGUUUUGGAUGAGAUUAGCCACAAAUGCCUGUGUGUAAAGAAGCCCAGGUUUACUUGAACUUUGUUGAUUCGGGUCAUUAUGACGUUUUCUGCACUAUUUAGGAAACUGGUUUCUUCAUUGUGAAUUUAGCCACAUUGAUUUUACCUGAACCCACAUGCAUAAACUAUGGGUUAGAGAUUAGAAAAACCAAUAACCAAUGAAACGAAAAUCUACAGAUUAAGUCUAAGUUAAUUGUAAUUAUUGCUCAGCAUUUUUAUUUUGUCUCCUUAGAUGAAUUUCGGUUGUAAAAUGGCUCUGUGAGCUGAGCUGCAGAAUCGGCAUAUCUUUGGGUCACUGUGAGAUGCUGAUAGCAUUAACUAUUCACCUUUUCUCCUCUUUUAACUUCUCAUCUGUUGUUCUUUAUACAUUCCAUCCAGAUACAUGAUUUAAGACACUUUGAUACUUUUUUUGUGAAAUAUUUUAAUUUCUCCUGUAAUCAUAUCAAAUAUAUCUUGCAUAUUUAUUAAGUGUAACUUUACUCAUAAAGGUUAUAUUUUUAUUACAUGUACCUUUAUAUUAUUCAGAGAAUGUUAAGCGUUGUGCCAUUGGGAGUGUGCCACUGGGUUAAAACAUUGGGGAGUGUUUUAAUCCAGAUUGAGCUUUAGACCACAUAAACCCCAUUCAUCAGUCUGUGAUGUUCUGAAAAAAAACAAAAAAAAAACAGGCAGCCCCUUCCCAGUAGGCUCCAAAAUUCCCUAAAUAAAUCUGAGAUGGUUCUUAUCUCCUUUCUUAAAGUAGAGUCCUGUCCAUAAGUUUACAUACACCUAUAAUUGGCAUGAAGGUGAUUUUAAUUAGAGGCUUUGAAAAUGUCUAGAGUGAAAUGUGUGCAUCUACAUUAAAAUUUCAAUACAAAAUUAAGGUUCAUGAGUUGAGAGACUUUGCACUUUAAAGAAUGGUACCAAAAAUCUUUCAGUUUGCUUCUCAUUUCCUCUAUAAAAUUAUACCCAUUUGUUCAAGUGUAUGCAGACAUCACAGGUAAUAUUGAGAUUUGUGUCUCAUACCAAAUUCCCAUCUUCAGUAUUACCUUUGGAUUCAUUUCAAGCUACUAGUUUUAUUCUAGCUGGAUAUUUAACAACUUAAAGUUAAAAUAUUACUUGGUUUCCAAAUAUAUCCCCUGCUUUAUGGGUAGCAAGUAGAUUAUUUUUGUGAAACUGAGGUAAAGGCUCAGAGAGGCUCCUUCAGGAAGUAUAAUGGAUGUUGAAGAAAAGUGAUUCUUGCCACCAAAAAUUAAACCUAUCAAAUGGGAACUGAAAUCCAAGGUCACUGUCACAAAACAGAAAAAUGUGUGAUGCUAGAAAAAGGUCAGAAUCGAGAAUUUAGACAAGACAAAAUAGUUUUAUCAAACUUAUAUUUGAAGGAAUAAAGUUAAACAUCUACAAAACAUAGUGAUAGUUGAUUAUAGCAGUUGGGUUUUGUUUUUUAUUACAUUAGUUGCCAAAAAUGCUUAAAUUAAAUUCUUUGGUUUCUCUUAAAAUAAAUAACUGAUAGAACAGGCCUCUAGCCUAGCUCAUAAACUUAAUCACAUUUGAGAUAUAUUGGGUGCAAUAUGAUCUUGCCUUGAAAUCAACACUUUUGAAGGAGGUCAAACAUGUCAACAAAUACAAUUAAACUUGCAUCAAAAGCUUUUAUGACUCAAAGGAGCCUGUUGUUUACUUGGAACUACUAAAACACAUCUCUCAAGAUUUUAGUGAGAGGGCUGCUCUUGUAUUUUUAAAUGUUAAUCUUGAGUGAAAAAAGUUUAAAUGUAAACUUGAGUCCAAAAUAAAUUACGUUCAUACAGAUGUGUGUAAACUUCUAACCAGAACUCUAUCAUCUAUGUGCAACUGAUAACUGCUUCUGAUUUGUUUCCGAACACUUGCAACAGUCUAACAGUGUGAUUUUUUUUUUGUUUUUUUUUUAAACAUCAGAUUCUUACUAUGACAAAAGCAAUGGAAUGGAAAAUCUUAACCAGACACAUGUGUAGGGUGUGAAUUUGGAGUUGUUUCAGUUGCCAUAUACUUUCUAGACUCCAUGGCACAGAAGAUACUUUAAGUAAAAGGUGGUGAUAGAUGGGGCUGCCUGCUUUAACAAAUGAGUAACCUUUAAACGACUUCUCAAAUGCUAUUUUAAGAGCUUACAUAUGAAUCUAAUAUUUUGCCUGUCUAAAUGAAAUGUUAAAAAGAAUGGAUUGUAUUUUUAAUGCAACUUUUUGGAGCCACUUUUUUUAAAGAAAAAAAACGGAGCGUUAGAGGCUCUGUGGACGUGGACACUUUCAGGCACCACGGGCAGGGAUUCCUUGCCACCUCCAGCCUUCUCAGUCUCCAGCUUCACCACUCGGUACCUCCAAGCUGAAUGUACAUCUUUGAAAUAUCUAAAAC